AUGACCGAUCUCGUUGCCCUACAUCACUUCCUCGGCAUCUCCGUCACGCACUCCGAUGAUGGUUUGUUUCCGUCCAAGCUACAGUACACCAUUGAUAUUUUGCAGCGCACCGGCAUGGCUGAGUGCCACUCGACCGCGAUGCCCGAGGACUCUAAGUCCAAGCUGUCGGCUACAUAUGGGCCUCCAGUUGCUGAUCCUUCAGAGUACAUGAGCGUCGCAGAUGCUCUUCAUUACCUCACUCUCACGCAUCCAGAUUUGGAAUAUGUAGUUCAGCAGGUCUGCCUCUUCAUGCACGAUCUCCGAGAGCCUCAUUUUGCGCUCAUCAAGCAUAUUCUGUGA